AUGCAACAAAUACCUCAAGCACGUAAAGCAAACUUCAUCACCAUCGCGCCGCCACUAUCCCGUCGUCACCAUCAUCAUCGCCAUCUCUUUCACCGCUUCAUCUCAAACUCACAAACGCAACUAAAAAGAAACGAAAUAAACGUCGUCCACCACUCCUCUUCCAAGCAUGGCACUCAAAUCAACCAGCUGAUCCCGGUGACCUACCUCUCCCCCCGCUCCGACGAGACAUCGCUGGAAGGCCUCCGGCGCCUCAACGAAACGCCACGCCCGUUCCGCAAAUCCGGUUGGCUACAACCUGAAAAUUUAAGCACUCCCAAACGCAUUACACAUCACACAAACAAAGCGCUGAGAAUGACGCGGAGGGCGGGAGGCGGGAAGCAGCGGUCGAUCAGCGGGGUGUGGCCCUCACGGGAAAACGGGUUGACAUGUGCCGUUGCUUUGAUGGUUUGGACGACAACUACUGCAAUUAUGGCCAUCCAAACUUAG